UAAUUGCAGAUGUUUCUUCUAACAGGUCAAGAGGAGUCCUUCACUCAUCAGAGCCGACAAAUCCUCUCUGUGUUGUUCUUUUUGAGAUCGAAGGGAGGGUGAGAAUUAACCUACAGACACCAACCCUGUGUGUUCAGAGCCUUAAGCCGUUUUUGUUUAGCGUAAACGAGAUAAUCUCAGUGUUUUGGGCACAAUAACAUGUCUUAGGACUUUGUUUUCAGACGGAGGGAGGAGAGUUUCCUUGAGAAUUAGAGGAGAUUAUCUUGUUCCUGACAGAUUUUUGGGCUUGUGCUGAAUAAGUAGACCAAAGAUCUUUUAUUUGAGCAUCAUGUCCACUCAUCCUUAACUCCAGCUGUUGUGGCGGAUCUUUUAAUUACUUUCUAAAGCCUUUUUUUCAACCUUUACUGCUCCCGCUGUCCCCUUUUGCUUUUUCUGUCUAAUUAAACACACACUAAUCACUUUUUUUCCUCCCCCUUAACUCUGACUCUUUCUCUGAACUUUACAAAACGCUCAUCUUUAAGCCGUUCUCUUUGUCCUUUUUGAAGAAGCGACGACACCUGCGGUAAAUUCUCUCCCUCUCUCUCUCAGUCUGCAGAGUCACCUCCCUCUCCUCUCACAGCUCCUCCUGCGUGCCGCUGAAAGCUGAAAGAGUUAAGAAGAUUUGGCAGCUCCGCAGGAACCAGCCAGCCGGUGAGGGUGGCCAGAGGCAGGCGGCUCACUUGCCCAGGAUUAAAUGGGAUCGGGAGAGAUUACAGCUCCCUCUCUCUCUCUCUCUCUCUCUCUCUCUCUCUCUCAUAUCGUAGCUGAUGAAAGCGUAACACUCCGUCCAGUCUCCGGGGGAACAUUUUCCCACCAUAUACACACUUUUCUGCACCUGUAUCGGUGCUAGAAACCUGCAGGAUCUGGAAGAUAAAGGCUUGUGGCAUCUCCCAGAGGUUAUUGCCGGUCUCGGUAAGCAGUCAGCAGGUGGUCGGGGUCAAAGGUCGGGGGUCCAGUGACCAUGAGGCAGGCGGUGGAGGCUCAGGUGUUAAACCCCCACUGUGAACUCGGAGAGCACGGCCUGCGUCAGAUCCUGACAGAUGUGAUUGAGGAAGUGAGACAGUCAGUAAAUCAGGAUAUUGAUGGAGCAGAGAUUCUCCACAGUCUGCUGAACGCGUCCUGGCUGCAGUCGUUGCUGAAGGUUUAUGAGUGUCUCCAAAGGUACCUGAGAAACUCCCCAGCGCCGGCUCUGGACUACGCUUCAGGACUCUCAUUUCAGCUGGCGAUAGACAUCAGAGCGUUGCCAGGCUGCUCUGCAGAGGCUAAGGAGCUCUAUCGGCUCCUGCGACAACCUCACCUGCAGGCUCUUCUCUCAGCUCAUGAUACGGUGGCCCAGAAGGACUAUGAGCCGGUGUUGCCGCCGAUGCCGGAGGACGUGCCGGACGAUGAGGAGGCCACCCGCAUCGUCUGCCUGGUCAAGAACAAACAGCCUCUGGGAGCGACUAUUAAGAGAAACGACAUCACAGGGGAGAUUUUUGUGGCUCGGGUGAUUCAUGGAGGCCUGGCCGAUCGAAGCGGUCUGCUCCAUGCAGGGGACAGGAUCAUGGAGGUUAAUGGUUUUCCUGUGGACGGGAUGGAACCGGAGCAGGUUAUCCAAGUCGUGCAAGCCAGGUCGCAAGGCACCAUCAUGUUCAAGGUCGUUCCCAUCACAGAGAGGCCGGUCCACAACCAGACGAUGCUGUACGUGCGCGCUAUGGCCGACUACAGCCCUCAGCAGGAUCCCACAAUCCCCUGCGCCGACGCCGGGAUGAGCUUCAGAAAGGGCGACAUCCUGGAGAUCGUAGACCAGACUGACGCUCUGUGGUGGCAGGCCAAGAAACUUCCCAGCAACACGGCCUGCGCCGGCCUCAUCCCCUCCACCAACCUGCUCAAACGGAAGCAGAGGGAGUUCUGGUGGUCGCAGCCUUAUCAACCACAUGCCUGCAUACAGACCUUGAGCACAGUAGAGGAAGAGGAAGACAUGAUGGCCAUCGAUGAGAAAUGUGUCGAAGCAGAUGAGGAGGCAUUUGAAUCUGAGGAGCUCAGAGAAGACGAGGAUGACUUCAGCAGCAACAUUGAGGGAAUCUACUUAGUGGGCUUCAGGCGCAGCAUGCGUCUGUGUCGUCGGCGGUGUCACAGCACCACCCAGCUGUCCUGCCACACCCGUUGCCCCAGCAGCUGCAACAGCGCCCUCAACAGCCCCUACGAGGAGGUGGUGCGCUACCAGCGCCACCCGCAGGACCCGCAACGCCUCAUCGCCCUCUUAGGUCCGUCUGGUGUGGGUGUGAAUGAACUUCGGAGGCGCUUGAUUGAAAUGAAUCCCAACAUCUUCCAGGGAGCGAUACCUCACACCACAAGAGCACCCAAAGGAUACGAGGAGUCUGGCAGAGAAUAUAACUUCACCAGCCGCGAAAUCUUUGACAACAUGGUGUAUAACAACAGCUUUCUGGAGUACGGAGAGUACAAAGGGAAUCUGUACGGCACCAGCAUCGAGUCUGUGAAGGGAGUUUUAAACAGCGGAAAGAUCUGCGUCAUUGACAUCGAACCAAAUGCCAUUCAGGCAGUGAGGACUCAUGAACUGAGGGCCUACGUCAUCUAUGUGAAACCGCCGCCAAUGGAGCGCCUCAAGGAGACGAGACAGGACUCGUACAUCACCACCAACUACUACGUCAACCGACCGUUCAAAGACGAGGACUUCCAGGAGAUGGAAGAAGCAGCACGGAAGAUCGAGUCCCACUACUGGCAGUUCUUCGACCAUGUGAUCGUCAACGACGAGCUGCAGGACUCCUGCGUCCAGCUGCUGACGGCGGUGAGGAAGGCGCAGGACGAGCCGCAGUGGGUCCCCGCCAGCUGGAUACGACCCACCGCCGAGUCGUAAGAGAGGACAGAAGGAAAUACGAGGGGUGAAGUGAAGCGAUGAGACCCCUGUUACCAUGGCAGCAAUUUGGGACAAACCCCACUGUAAAACAUGUUACUCCAAACACACAGUUUCACAGAUGAAAUCAAUUUGGUUUAUGUCUAAUACUGCAUGUUUGAGGGGGAGUAGGGCAUGAAAAAACUCUAAAUAUUUUGAUCUUGCUGUUUCUGAUGUGCUUGAUCUGAUUCAUAAGUCGCUUCAAAUCCCCAAAGAUAAGAUGGAGAUGGACUCAGGCCCGAAGAAAUCCCUGAAACUGUGUCAGAAUGUAUUUCUUUAGAAAUGAGAACUAACUACUAGAGUAAACUAUAUUUUCUUAAAGCUAGUACAGUAGUAAAACUAACCGGUUUACGACAGCUAUAGUAACUCUGCAACCAAGGAGAACCAUCUACUUGUGGAACUACAGGAUGUCAGAUUUCUCGGCGUAUUGCCUCAAACCUUCAACACCCUCUGAGUGUUUGAAUUGUUAUAGGGAGGAAAAAGAUAGUUUCCUGCUUCUUUAAUUUGAGCAAAACAGCUUCAUUUCCUGCCCUGCUCCCCACUCUUGUACAGAGAUUUGGAAUUAAGAUUACGAUCUUUUUCCGAUUUAUGUUUACACUCUAGAAAUUAUGAUCUGUUUGGUUUUUUCAUUCUGCAUUUCUGUCAUUUAUUUGUGUUUUGCUGUAGCCUAAAAGUGUGUCAUUGCAUGCCAAAAAAUUGUGAUGAUUAACAGAAAACUGUGUUCGGCGAGAUGUCACAAACUUUACACUUUGUGUCCUUAUUUCAUUCAAAUAAUUUGAUGAAGGUUAAUAUAAACUGUAACAAAACUGUAAGCAAAACAAUGACAUUUUAAUAUUUGUACCAGUUUGUGACAAUAAUAAAAAAUGACUUCUGACAGUAAAUAUUUCAAUCAUUUAGUCAAUUGGCCUUUUUUUCACGUGUUUUGUA